CUCUGACUCUGAGCAGCGGGACCCGUUAGAUAGCUGACAACAAACCGAAGCGGCUCCGGAUACCUCGGCGUGAUUAAAUGCGGUUUUCCGGUUACGAGCUCAGAUUAAACCGUGGAGAUAUAGUGUGUGAGAAGACCAUCGUGUUGGGAAAAUGAUGGAAGAAAUCGACAGAUUCCAGGUCCCGCCGGUGAGCUCGGAGACGCAGCCGCUGGACCCAGCAGCAACAUCCACAUUAGAAGCUGACUCAAAAACAAGAGAAGCCGAAUCUGUGCCCAUCAACUACAAGCCUUCGCCACUGCAAGUGAAAAUCGAGAAACAGAGAGAGUUGGCCAGGAAAGGCUCGGCAAAAAAUGGAACCGUGGGAAGCCCGGUCAAUCAGCAGCCUAAGAAAAACAACGUAAUGGCCAGAACACGGUUGGUUGUUCCUAAUAAAGGAUACUCAUCUUUAGACCAGAGUCCUGACGAGAAGCCCCUGGUAGCACUGGAUACAGACAGUGAUGACGAUUUUGACAUGUCUAGAUACUCCUCGUCAGGAUACUCCUCCGCCGAGGUGAGAUCUCUGAGGGACCAGCAAAUUAACCAAGACCUGAACAUCCAGCUGCUGAAAGACGGCUACCGCCUAGACGAAAUCCCAGACGAUGAAGAUCUCGAUCUGAUUCCUCCUAAAUCAGUCAACCCCACGUGCGUGUGCUGCCAGGCGACCUCCUCAUCAGCCUGUCAGAUCCAAUAGCCUUGUAUGCAUUUUGCCUUCUUUCCCUAACCCGCCUUGUACUGUGAGUUCAACUCACCGCUCGACUUUAACCCUUGAGUAACUACUAAACUAAAUGAAAUGUCUCUCCUACAACUAAUAUAGGAAAAAAAGAAAUAAAAGGAAAUGCAGGAAAUAGUUAUAGGUCUUCGGUUCCUCCUAUGGUAGGACAUUGUGUUGGUUUCACCACCAGAGGGAGCUAGCUUUAGUUAGGUGAGUGUCUUGUAUUUAUAGGAUGCAGUAACUUGAAAAAAAUGAAUAUGUAUUUUAAAAAGGAGAAAAGGUGGAAUAUUAUUAUUUGUAAAACAUUUCACACAAAGGGUAUUCUGUAAAAUCUAAAGAAUAAGCUUCUGUUACAGCUACUUGUUUCUGGUUUUGGAUGUUAUAAUGCACAAUGAUGCUCAGAUAUUGGUAUUGAGCAAAAAAAUGCUCUCUCUCUCUCUUUCUCUCUAUCUAUCCAUAUAUCUAUCUAUCCAUCCCAAAAUGCUGUUCUAUAUCUUAUUUUUAAACCAUUAAUUUGUAUCCCAUAUUGCACUUACUGGCUUUUUGUUAGGAACACCUGUACCCAAGUUCAUUCCCGCAUUCAGCCAAUCAUGUAGCAGCAGCACGAUGCAUAGAAUAAUGCAAACAUCAAUCUUGAGCUUGAGUUAUUCAGCUCAUGAAACAUGAGUAUAGGGAAAAUUGUGGAACGUGAUCUCAGUAACUUGAUGAUAAUUAGGAACAUAAUGCCUAUUGGCAAAUUGUGUACAGUAAGUGCCAUAAGGGCCGAAUUGGGAAUUUCCAAAACUUGAUCUAGAGUAUUGAGAUUUCACAGAAUGUCUCGACAUUUUCCAAAGGAAGUUUCUAAAUCCUAGACAUCAGGUUUGUAUCGGUAACCAAUAGCCUUGCUGCUGGAAGACAUAAGAGGGGAAUGGCCAGGCUUGUUUGACGUCUACUUGACAGGACGUCUACUGUAACUCUUUACAAUAGUGGUGAACAGAAAAACAUAUCAAAACACAGAAUUGAAUGUCACCUAGUCUUUUUUCUCUAGUCAGUUUGUAGAGACUGUUCCCAGCAGGAGCCCUAACAAUGAAUGAUUAUUAUAUUGCACUGUAUGUUGUGAUCAUGUUGAAUUUUGGGGCAUUUAAAAACGACUUUGACAAAAUGAUGUAGAAAUAAUGAUGAAUUAAAGACCCAAACGCAAGCUUGCAAAUGCAACCUCAAAGCAAUGAAAUACGAACUUUAACCUCGACCACAUUCGUUUAUGGUCUUCUAAGUCUCUAACAGGGUUAGAAUUCUGAUUGGAGAUCGAGACGGAUACAGCAGCUUUGUUUUUAAUUUCUUGUCUCACAUCUCUUAGUGUUGUAAUGUUACUUUCUCUUUCAUUUUCUUUCUGAAAUAUUACCAUGUGGUGCAUCCUAGCUCUCACAUUACUCUGCUGCAAUAGGGUGUUUGUGGAGCUCUUAGUUAUGUAAGUCAAUUUAUGAGCAUCAAAAGCUUGUUCCUUAGUGAUCCAGUGGCAAGCAGCCAGCACUUCCAAGACGGCAACCGGGGUUUGAGACCCACUCAGGCCUUUGGCUUGGUAUUCAUUUGGUCUUAAUGUUGUUUUUGCAACUUUGUGUUGGGGCAUUUGUUUAACAUUGUUCCAACAUCAUUUAAUCCAUUCUUAAUUAAAAAACAAAACAAAAACAUAGAACCAAUGUUGUCCCAUGGUCUGUAAAAUUGCUAAAUUAACAUCACCACAACAUUUUGUAAAACCAAAAUCUUUGCUGGAUUGUGUAUGUAUGUCAAAUUCCAGACUGUCAAACACUCAAACCAGCACAAACAUUUUUUUCCCCCUGAUAUUGAUGUAUAAACCUCAACUGAAGCGUUAACCCCAUAAGUACAUAAUUUUACGCAUUGCACUAUUGCCACAUGAUUGGCAGAUAGGAUUACUACAUAGAAAACAACUGUACAGGUGUUUCGUUUAAAGUGGUGAUACAGUAGGUAUGGUACAUUAAAACACUAUCCAAUGA